AUUGUGAAUAUUAUGAUAUUGUUAAAUUGCGUGCGACACAUACCGGAAGCCUUAAAUCAUAGCUUGUUUUCGUGGAAUUAUAUAAAUUAACCAUGCCUGUUGACAUUGUUGGAUUCAGCUACGCAGUAGCCGUUGCCGCUGGGGGAAUAGUUGGUUAUGUUAAAUCUGCCAGCUUACCAUCAUUGGCAGCAGGACUGACAUUUGGAUCUCUGGCAGCAUUGGGUGCAUAUCAGACUACACAGAACCCUGCAGAUGUGAAAGUCAGCCUAGGCACCAGUGCUACCCUGAUGGCUCUCAUGGGUUACAAGUUCUACAACUCCCAAAAGUUUAUGCCAGCUGGAUUCGUUGCCACUCUGAGCCUCUUGGUGCUCAUGAAAAGCUUGUACAAGACGAUGAACCAAUAAUUGCAGCUGCCUCAGAUAGAUAGCCCACAGCCAUUUGUUUAUGGAAAUGGUUAUAGUCCUUAAUGGGUUAUGACAUUUAUCGAAAUAAGCUUAAAUAACUAUAUUUGUUAAAUAUUGAUUAAUUCUGUUUGCAUCAUCACAUAAGGUGUAAAUACGUUCUGUUAGAAUAGUACAGGGUUUAUAGUUUCUUAUUUAGUAAAACACAGUUGUUGCCAUAGUACAAUUUGUUACAUAUCGUCGCUGUCGUUCUCAAACCUCGUAGCUCCAAAAUUUUCAAAAUAUUUGUUUCGUCUUUUCCGAAUAUAUGAAGUCUGGCGCGUGUUUUGUGCUAUAUCUUGUAGCUCUACGCCAAUCAGAGCCCUUGAAAAAGCCACGUGACAAAAUUUUGUAGAAUGAUUGUUGGCUUUUUUCCCAGCGAAAAGUCGUAGCGACGCCAUUUUACCUAUAGGUACGUCGUUUCGUUUGGACAAAUUUGACAAAAACGUUUUUAUAAUUUUUUUUUUAGCAACUACGAGGUUUCCUAUCAGGACGAAUUGUCGUACCUCAUAAAAAAUGACAAAACUGUGGUGACAAAAUAUCGUAGCUACCAUGUCUGACUGUCAGUAUGACUUAUCAGUAUGACUUACGCGUCUACGGCUUAUACCGUAUUUUGCAGCUUCAUUUGUUUGGUAUUUUUACAGAAUUUAAAUUUUCUAAAACAUCGUUAAAAAAAAAUGAGAAGGUUUUUUCUCUCUCCUGAAAAGUUGGCAUUUUGUAGCUACGAGGUUUGAGAACGACAGCGACGAUAUAUAGUUUUGCUAAAAUUCAUAUUGUUUUAUAAUAGGACAUUUUGAUAAGAGGUUAUACAUAUUAGAAUCA